AUGUCCGACAAGAGUUUCCACUUCGAGUCGCAGAACACCGACUUCAUCCACCACAGCGACUUCCAGGAUGUGUCGAAUUACUACCCUGAGGAGAAUGAGGAUGACCUCCUGGACAACUAUGACCCCGAGGGCGCUCGAUAUGAUGCGGACAGCAGCGAGCAAACCGCCGCCCAGGAGAUCAUCGACCACCCGCCACCCUCCUUCAGCGAGUCGGUUGGUAUUCCGGCCACCCAGCCAGCUCAGGAGGCUGGCCCCGCUUCGGAGGCUGGUCCGGAGUCCUAUGCCUACCGGCCCAGCCCCCACCAUGGCGAGGUGGAGGUCGGUGCCACCCAUGUUGGCAGCGGUCCGCUGUAUCCCCGCCUGAGUGAUGGUCAGCCUCCGGCCACCGAAACAACCGAGUCCUUCGCCGCUCCCCCUCGGCCGACCGAGCAGUAUAUGCACGAUGUGCAGGAUCUCCGCCAGGCCCCGGGAGCCGUGUCCAUUGGCGCGCACUUCCCCCCGGCCGGUCCCAUGGCCCCGAUUGGCCUGACGCAGCCCGGCCUCUUCCCGGAGACAUGUUUAUGCCUUCUUUGGGCUUGGGGCGGGGAGGGUUGUGUUACCUCGAAUGCCCUGUCCGGGGAUGUGUAUACGGUGAAGCGGCGGUUCAGCGACUUCGACAAGCUUUGCAACAUCAUGCACCAGAUCUAUCCGACGGUGGUGGUUCCCCCCUGCCCGGCCAAGAAGAUGGUCGGCCGUUUGGAAGGGGACUUCAUCGACAGCCGGCGCAUGGCGCUGGAGGACAUGCUGCGCCGGAUCCUGCAGCACCCGGUCCUGUCGCGGUCCGAAGCGCUCGCGCGCUUCCUCCGCGCCGAGACCAUCGCCGAUGUGGAGCGUCUGCCUGCGGAGUUGCGCGCGGCCGCCGCCGCUGAGGGGGAGAUCGUGUCGAUUGGCGCUGGUGGCGCCAAUCCGGGGACGCGCAGCCGGCGCGACUCGGUGGCCUCCACGCACUCGGUGGCCUCGCAGUACUCCCUGGCGUAUGGGCGCCCGUCGUCCGGGUCCUUCAAGGCCGAUGCCAAUGUCCGUGCCUCCUGGAUCGGGCGUCUCAUGGACACUCUGGAGCUGGGCGAUCUGGGUGUCAUCAUCAGCCCGCCUGUGGACCCGGAUCCCUGGUUCUCGAACAUGGCAGCUCGCCUGGACAUGCUGGAGGUGGACCUGGAGCAGGUCGCGUCGACGGCUGAACGUUCGCGCAGCGCCUGGCUGGCCCUCGGCUUCUCCCUCGAUGGGUAUUGGGACGCGGUGGACAUGCUUGGGCCGCACACGGCCUUCUUCACCGGUCCUGGGCAGACGGCCGACAUCUCGUCCUUCGAUGCUGGCAGUGAGUUUGGUGGGUCGAUCGGCGCAUCGGCCUCCAGUGACAUGAUGGCUUCCGGCGGGGCGGCCCCCUCCUCCCUGGGCAAGUCUCCGGCCGCCGGUGCGGCCUCGUUGCCCCUGCACCAGCACGCCACGCAGACGGGGGAGCUGCCCAUUUUCGAUACCCUCAAGCGGCAGGUGGCCUUCCAGCGGAGUGUCGAUUCGCACGCGCUGCAGUCCUCGAUGGACUCGUUGGACAUUGUGUCUCUCGGCAUUGUGGAUGUGCACCUGCGCUACAUCAGCAGUGUGCGCCGGGUUUUGGUGUCGCGCCAGUCCGCCCUCAACCGCUGGGGCUCUCUCCAGCGCCAGCUCCUCAGCAUCUCCGAGCAGCUGGACAAGCAGCUGGCCAACAACCCCGGGUCGCGGUCGGUCCCGCGUCUGCGCAGUGAGCUGACCCUGGUGCAAUCGAGCAUUCUCGCCACCCGGUAUGCCUUCGAGGUGGACUGUGUCCUGGCCCGGCGGGAGAUUGAGGACUGGCUGCGGCAGAUGUAUGUCGAUGUCCGGAUCCUGACCAACCGCCUGAGCCAGCUGACCACCCAGUCUUGGGCGCAGAUGGAGGGCCUCUUUUUGAGCCUCGGCACUCGGAGACCGGCCGGGCCUCCGGCCGUGAGCGAGGCCACCCCGGCCGCGCUCUCUCCCCAGGUGGAGUCCACUCCCAAGGCCACUCACGACCAGAAGGUUGUCCUCUAA